UGAAAAAGAGGAGUGCUGCCAAAGUUUGGGUCAGAUCGGCUCGUGGAGUAAGCAGUCAAGAGAGACUUGGACUAGAGUUAGCCACACGGUCCCCACGCGAAGGACACGAGAGCUGUACACUGCCAACCCCUUUCCGCUCUUCUUGUCCCACUGUUAGAGGCUGCGCUCGCCCUCUGCAUCCAUCACUUCUGAAGAACUGUCAGCGAGAUGGAAACUACCACCAUCACCACCACGCAGACCGCAUUCACCUUUGGACUUACUGAAAGACACGCCAGCAUCAGCCUGCACGCCCCGGCCCAGGACUGCGCUGUUCCCGCCGUGCACCCCAACGCCAACGGUGCCGGCUACCAAAACAAAACCAAGGUGCUGAAGAGACAGCGCUCCAGCUCGCCGGAGCUCCUGCGCUGCAAGCGGCGUCUGAGCUUCAACGGCCUCGGCUACUCCAUCCCUCAGCAGCAGCCCGUGGCCGUGGCCAGGCGGAACGAAAGGGAGAGGAACCGGGUCAAACAAGUCAACAUGGGUUUCCAGACGCUGCGUCAGCAUGUGCCCAACGGUGCCGCCAACAAGAAGAUGAGCAAAGUGGAGACCCUGAGGUCUGCGGUGGAGUACAUCAGAGCUUUGCAGCAACUUCUGGACGAACAUGACGCCGUGUCGGCUGCUUUCCAGUGCGGGUUGCCAUCCCCGACACUCUCCAACAGCUACUCCGCCGACCCGGAGUCGCCUCACUCCACCUACUCAUCAGAUGAAGGCGGCUAUGAGCCUCUGAGCUCCGAGGAACAGGAGCUGUUGGACUUUACGACCUGGUUCGACAGGUACUGAGGCUGACAGCAUCCGAGCCACACAGCAGCGUCUGUGCGUAAAAGCGGCUGACUUCUUUCAGGAACGCUGACAAAAGACUUGGUAAAGGCAUCAGAUCAGUCUCGCCCUCAGUGCUUGGAAGUGAUCUGUUGCCACCCUCCCUCACCCGGGCUGCUUCUGCAGGAGCAAAGCAAUAGUGAGAAAGAGAAAGAGAGAGAGUGUGUGUCUCAGAGAGAGAGAGAAAGAGAGAGAGAGAGAGAGAGGGAGCCUCUUGUUGCAUAGCGCAUGAAUAGUCGCCCCGAAGUCCCCACAAGAAGGAGGGAGUUGGACUCGGUGUCACGUUGGCGCGUGGACGUAAAGAACUGUUGAUGUUAUGUUUGAAUAAGUGCAAUUAAUACGUGACACAGCAGGCUCUGCAGAGACGGCGCUGCAGCUCCAGAGGACUUGUUUGAUGAGUUUCAUCAGAGCAGGACUGCCUUCCUCAGCUGCCACGUCUGUUGGAAGACACGGCAAAAAGAUGAUGCGUCAACAAGACUUUGUUUUCGUGCUGUACAUUGUUUUCCUCCCCAUUCAUAACACAAAUUGUAUCAUACGACGAAUUGUUUUAACAUGAAGACAUAUUUUUGUACAUUGAGUCAAACAGAUAAUGUUCCUGAACAACAGCCACUGCCACUUUUUUCCCCUGACAGUGUUGUGAGAGCCAGCUGUCAGUGAGGCAGUGAGUUGGCAUGUAUGAGUUGAGUGACUGGACAGCAAUAUCAAGGCUACUACCUGUGACAGAUUGUAGUUUGUUUUGUUUUUUAAAAAUAGGUGGUAAGGAGACUUUUAUCAAUGUAUGCACUUGUUCUCCGUUUCCCGUAGCCUAAAAUGUACAUAUUCGAUUUUAACAGAUAUAUUUUGUGUAAAACAAGUUUUAUAAAUAAAGAUGAAUCUAUUUAUAUUAUA